UGGGAAAAUUCCAGUUCUCCAUGAUGGAGAUUAUAAAAUUGCCGAAUCUCGCGCAAUUUGUCGUUAUUUAGUAUCUAAAUACCAAGGCAAAUAUAAUAAUACGAUCUUAAUCCCUAACGAUAUUCACGAAGCUGGAUUAGUUGAAGAAUUCAUCUCUUAUGAAGCAUUUUAUUAUGAACCACCGGCUUCAAAAAUCGUAUAUUAUGAAUUAGUUUUAAGAACUCCGGAGUCUGAAAUAAUUAAGCAAGCCCUUAAGGAUAUUAAUAAGAUUUUAGAUGUUUUUGACAAGCUUUUAGAAGGAAAAGAAUAUUUAAAUGGUGAAUUUUCUUUAGCUGAUCUUUUUUAUUGUCCUUGUACACAUUUUAUCUAUUCUACUCAUGCUGAUCUGUGGGAUAAAAGACCUAAUGUUAAAAAAUGGUGGGAUAGGUUAAGAAAUAGAGAUGCCUGGAAAAUGUCCUUGGAAAAGAAAAAUAAAUUAUAG